ACACCAAAGAAAAGUAGUGGUGAAAAUGUAUGUUUGCAUUUGGAUGGUUGACUUGGAGUGCUCACGGAAAUCGGCAGCCGUUUAAUGUUCCACAAAACGCUCGUCCCCUUCUCUUCGUCUUCCUCUCCUGCUCCUUCGCUGUCGUCUCCGUUCUUCAUUCCUCAGCCUACCUCCAUUCCUCUGCCACUUGGCCCGCUUCAGCUGCCGUCCCCUGUUCCUUCUUUGGUCUACUUCAACUGCUCGCAGGUAGAAAGAGAGGUGAGAAUGGAGGAGGCGCUGAAACAUAGCAUGCCGGGGAGCAGUUUAUACUCAGGACAGCAGCGGCUUCAACAGCAGCAGCAGAACAAGGUGACGGUGAACGAGGAUUGGGGUUGGGCUGCCGAAAGAGGGAACCUUUUGGGAGAGGAGUUCUCGGUGGACGACCUCCUCGACCUCGGAGACUACGCGGAGAACUACAAGGAAGCAGAGGCGGCGAAGGAGGUGGUUGAAGAAGUCACUGCUAAAGCCGAAGCUCCCGAAGCAGGGAACGGGGAAAGAGCUGAUUCCAACAAUUCUUCUCCUCCUUCCACGAGUUCGACUCUCUCCUUCCAAUCACUGCAGCCUCGUCUUUCUGAAAUCAGUCUUCCCGCGCAUGAUGCUGAAGAGCUGGAGUGGGUAUCUCUCGUCAUAGAAGGCUCCUCCUCAGAGUUUUCGCAGUGCCCUGGCGUUGCUCACACCACUUCAGCGCCGCCGCCUCACGGCCAAACCGGUACCCCGGCAGUAGCAGCAGCACAAGGUGCAUCCCCUAAGAGCCCAGCGGUCUGUGGAUUCUCCAAAGAAGUUAUGGUCCCCAUGAAGGCCAAACGCAGCAAGCGUUGCCGCUCCGCCGCCGCAUGGAACACCUCCAUCUCAUGCCUCGUAUACGACCGCCAUCCCGCCGCCGGCGCUGACCAAAGCUUCCUCCUAUAUGACGCCACGCCGCCCCCAGCCAAGAACCAACGGCCGAAGAAACGUGGCCGGAAGCCAAAGCCAUCAGCGACCGCCGCUUCCGGCUCCUGCGAGCGGCGGUGCAGCCACUGCGGGGCCCAGAAGACGCCGCAGUGGCGGGCCGGGCCCCUCGGCGCCAAGACCCUCUGCAACGCCUGCGGCGUCAGGUUCAAGUCCGGCCGCCUCCUCCCGGAGUACCGUCCCGCCUGCAGCCCUACCUUCGUCAACCACAUCCACUCCAACAGCCACCGCAAGGUCCUCGAAAUGCGGCGCAAGAAGGAGGCGGAUCUCCUCAUCUUCCCUGCCGCGCCGCCGGUCCCUUCCUUCUGACGAGCCGCGCCGCGCCCGGUUCGCCUGCCCGAAUCGCCCGGUUCAGACCCGGUCGGAUGUAAAAUUUGUACCGUAUGGCUUUUCCCCCCUCACACAAAUAGCAUUAGCUACCUUUUCUCAGUGUUUUACUGGCAGCUAUCUCUGGUAUUUGACCAUGUGGGGAGUAAGGAAGAAACGUCUGACAUGACUGUUCUCUUCUCAUCAUCUUCUACUAUUAGAGAUUCCCAGCAUAUAGAGAGAGGAAUAGAUAAUUAAGCACAGGUGGCUUCGCAGUGGAUGAUGAGAGAACGCUUGAAAUGGGAUUGGUUUUAGCAGUCUUUGUAUA